UUUAUUUUGAAAAAAACUGAAGACAGCUUUUGAAAUUCGUGACCAUUGUUCUAAGCUAUUCGUUAAUGUUUCUGCUAACAAGAAUUUUCUUUUUUCCCGCUUCAAAAAACAAAAAAUUACACUUUUUUAAUUCAAUUAUUAUAGACAUGGCAUCCGAUCAGGAAAUGCUAGCUAGAAUUGCUCAGUUGAGCACUGCUAUAGAACAAAGAAAAGCAUUACUCAACCAUUCUCAACAACCACAACAUUAUAACCCCAGUAUACCCCGUGGUGGCCGCUCGAGAGGCAGAGGUCUCGGAUAUCGUGGCCGAGGUGGCAUGCAUUUGUCUCUUGUCAACGAUAAUCGAUGGUCUAAUCCGAAUAGCCCACUUCGUUCCAACACCCCACCUACUAAUUUAUUCUUAGCAAACUCGCCGAGUUCGAUACCCCAACAUGCAUCUUCGCUUGCUUUGUCAUCUGCAACAGGUUCCACAAGUCAUAAUACCUCUUCCCCGUCGGGUUCAUUGUUGACAACGAGUGCUAGCUCACCAGCCCUCAAUAAGAUACCAACUUCUGCCAUUCCGGUAGUAGCGAAGAAUUCCAGUACUGAUAUAAAAAACGAAUAUGUUAUUAGCGGAAGAAAAUUAUUUCGAAAAGACUUGAUGAACAGAUCACCCAUAGUGAAGCCAUCAAAACUGUAUCAACAUAAUCGUCCAACAGAAAGUGUUAUCAGAAGCUCAUCACCAGCAGCAGCAGCAGCAGCAGCCCAAAAACCGCUUAGACGAGGAUUGAAUGGCGGCCCUAACAAAGUAUUUAUUCGUCAGCCCGAGGGUUAUGUUCGUCAAGGUCGUUCCGGCCGGUCACUCGUACUGAAUGCUCAUAAAAGUGCCUUACGAAGACGAAAACCGCGUUAUUGUGGGUUCUACACUCGAUUCGGUCGAUGUCCGAACGCAGCUCGGUGUCCAUUUGUCCAUGAUCCUAAACGAAAAGCCAUUUGUCCUCGUUUUUUAGCAAAUCGGUGUAAGAAACCUGCCCAUCUCUGUAAAUUGUCCCAUUAUCCCAAUCCCCAUAUCAUGCCCCACUGUGUUUAUCUUCAAAAGGGAUCUUGUACAAAUGAAGGUUGCGCCUUUAUUCAUGUCAAGGUCAACUCAAAAGCGCCUGUAUGCCGAGCCUUUGCUAUGGAGGGUUAUUGUCCGAAAGGACUCCACUGUAACGAAAAGCAUGUGCAUGUCUGCCCCGAAUUUGCCGAAACAGGCAGAUGCUCCAAUGCGAACUGUCGAUUACCUCAUGUUGCAAAACUUGAUCGUAACGAUAGUGCCAGCAAUGUUGCGGGUGUCGUCCGUUUGGGCACAUGGGUAAGUGCAGAUUAUUUUUAUGCUCAAAAAAAGGCGCAGCGUGAAAAGAAAGAAGCCCGAAUUGAAAAAAAGGAAGAGAAAAAAGCGGCCAUGAAAGAAGCAAUAGCGGCUAGGUUUACUUGGACCAAUCCUCUUUUGGAAGAAAAACGAAAAGCCGAGCAGAGAGAAAAGGAAGAAGCAGAAGGGUUUGUACGCUUAUUGGAUGAUAGUGAUGACGACGAUGGAUGGAGUCAGUAUGAGCGAAUCGAUAGUGGCGAUGAAGAUUUGAGAUUCAACGACGAUGAACAAGACACAGAAAUAGACGAUCUAGAAGACGGAGAACUGGACAUCGAUAUGGAGGAAAACGAGGAAAUCGUAACAAAUGAAGAUGCUGAAACUUCCGCUUCUGCAAAAAAUAUAGAUAGUAGCGAGGUUGAAGUUAGACAUAAUAAUUUUGUACAAUCAAGAGGUGGAGAUAGUUUAGAAGAGGGGGAGUUAUUAGAAUAUGAAGGAGAUAAGAUCAUGGUAGGUUCUAUAGAACCUAUGAAUGAUAUAUAUGGGCAAAAUCCUGCAGUUGUGCCCGCAGGGAAUGCUAAUGUUAAUCAACAAGCAAGCGACGAUGAAUUCUUUGACGCACUAAAUGAAUUCGAUGGGUGAGAAGGUGAGAUAAUUGUUCUACAAUUGAUAUUUUGGCAGGAAAAAAUGUGAAUAUUGAGAAAAUGAUCAUGUAUAAAAUGUAGUUUUUUUUUCGCCAUUACUGUUACAUCAUAGAAUGAUUUGUUGAAUAUCAGUUAUAACGAAUAAAAUUGAAUCCUAUGUGAAAUUUGUCUGUGG